GCUUUCUUUCUCCUUCCUUCACCCCCCCCCCCUUCAGUCUUAUUUAACCGACCUAGAUUUCAACGAGUGGGACUUAGCUCAGCUGAGAUGGGAGCUUGGUUUUUUUUCACUUACCUCGUUUAACUAAUUCUUGCUGUUUUUCUGCUUGAAAUGGAUAUCUAAAUAACAACCGCCCUUGUUCUCAAGUCUGUAGAAGCAGAUGGUUUUGGGAGAAGCAAAAUGGCCCAUGCUCUGAAGCAGACCUCUCAUCGUCUAUGGAUGUUUCCUAGAGUCUGUCAGGAAUCUUGGGGUCGUAGGCCACGACUAGUCCUCCAGAGUAGAUUGCUAUCAUCACAACAUUCCUCAGAAAGUUUGAGAUCAGAAGAGGACCCGGGCAAAGAUGGAGGAGAAAAUGAAGAACUGGAUCUUGGAGAAGCGGAAGAACAAACAUUUGGGAGACUUUCUACCAAGUUUAAACAUAAGUUUCAACCACUUGGAUCAGAUCUUAUUGAGGAACUUGAAGAAGCUGAGCUGGGUGAUGAAUGGGUUAAACCUCGUGUUAAAAGGAAUACUCCUAUUUGGUAUGGAAAUCAGAUGAAAAAACUUGUCAAGCAAGAUAAGUUAUCUGAAGCUAUUGAGAUGCUGGAAGUGACAAUGUUGAAAGAAGCCAAAGUGUUCCCUACAGAGUAUAACUAUAAUAUCCUGAUUGGUGCUUGUGGAAGAGCUGGCUAUACAGACAAGGCUUUCAAAUUAUACAACAGGAUGAAAGAGAGAGGUCUUGAACCGAGUAGUGUGACAUACACAUCACUGUUUAACGCAUGCUCGGAAUCACCAUGGAAACGGACAGACGGUGUGACAAGACUAAAGAAACUACACCAACAUCUUCUGGAGAAAUCUGUGAAGGUGAAUCUAAUAACACACCACUCCAUGAUGAAAGCCUAUGCAAAGUGUGGUGACCUUGAAAUGACCUUUAAACUGUUUCGACACCUGGUUGAGUCUGGGGUACAGUUGAUGCCCAAGAGCUUUGCUUUCCUUCUCUUUGCUUGUGCUGAAGACAAAGAAGCUGGUUUCCUCUAUGCCAUUGAGGCUUGGAGGCAGAUGAUGGCACAGGGCAUCAAACCAGAUAUCUACACCUAUAACCUGCUUCUACGCAUCACAAGAGACUGUAGUGUCGGAGACAUAGAGGUGGCCAACAGGAUUCUCCUGCGAAGUGUUACACUGAAGGCACAGCAGACUCCUGCAUUGCUGACAGAGGGUAGGGCCAAGGAUCGACGUAGAAAGGCAGACAGGCAGCAAAAGAAGGCUCCGGCAGUUCCUCUGUUGACUGGCAAGAAGGCAGAGAUGAUCGAGGUUGAACCACUGCAGGUUGACGAUGGAUAUCUGGAAGGAAUGGAAGAUGAUCUGACAAUGAAAGUUCCUGCAUUUAUGGAAUCCUCUGGUGGUCCAGAAAAGGUAGAUCAUGGAAGCAUUCAAAUGAAUCAUCAAGGUCAUUCCCCUGAAGCAGAUUCGAAGACACACUGGUGGGACACUGAUGAGCAAGGUCUAAACACUUCUGUUGUGGAUCUGUCUGUGCAAACUUCUAACUCCUUAAUGCCAAGGACUUACACAUCAAGUCUGGAUAGGACAAGUGCAAGUGUUACGUUGACCAACUUGCCAAAUCUCCUGGAUGUCUCUUCUGAUUUCAGCAAUGUCCAGUCUCUUGCAAAGAUAGACAAUCCUGCUGAUAGACUUGCACUGUUGGGAGGACCUCAGGGACUUCUUGAGAACAUGGAAGCUAAGAAUGUGAAGCCAGAUGUUAAAAGUCUCUCACUCCUUGCAGAGAUUCUUCCAGGAAAGAAACAGGAAGAGAAUCAACUCUUAGAAUAUGUCAAGGAACGCAACUUGAAGGUGGACAUUGAUUUCUAUAAUGUUUUCAUAAGACGCAGGACAAGAAGAGGUGAUCUGAAGGGUGCAAUGGCUAUUCUAAAGCAUGUCAGCGAUGGUAAUGCUUAUCCUAAUCUGAGGACGUAUGUCAACCUAGCUACAGGAUGUGGUCAACCUGAAGAAGGUUUCCAGUUGCUGAAAGAGAUGGAGGAGGCAGGGAUCAGACCAACAUGUCAUCUGUAUGGUGCUCUGAUCGGAUCUACCCAAAAACACAGGAACUAUCGAUACCUGAUUGAUGUCUUGAAGCACAUGGAAAGUCAAGAAGUGCUGCCUAAUGAGAGAGUGUUAACACAACUUGAGAGAAUUGCUGCUUUUGGACAAAACAAGGUUGGGCAGACGAGAUCAAGUCGACCUGUCAAUAAGAGAGAACUGAAUCAAUUCAGGGGCUUUUAUAACCGAUGGCUGGAGCGAAUGAAAGUCCAGGUCCCAGAACACCCUUGGGCUAAAUACAGGACAAGAGAAAAGGAUUACAAGUUCCAUGAAACUGCAGUGUAGGAAUGACUUCAAUUUAAAUACAGACCGUAUUGAUAAAGGACAGAGUAAAGAGAUUCUCCAAUCUGCAUUCAUUGGUUUUACUGGUAGACCUAUAUGAAAGUUUAUGUGUGUCAGUUUUCAUGGGGAUUUAAAGCCAUUCGGAUGCCAAUUUUGCUAAGUAUUUAUGAAAAUUAUGAUUAGCAGACAUCACAUAAUGCCUCUGGAAAUGGCCUUGUGAUGAAGUCCUUGUAUCACUUCCUUUGGCCUCAUGUUUGCAUGAGGCUAAGCCAAGCUUGGCCAAAGAAUUGCUCGCGGGUACUGUACAUCAAGUUUGCUUUUUCCUGAAUAAAUUUCUAUUAGAGGUAUUUCCAAUGCUUUCACAAAGUAUGGGGGUCAGCAAAUAAUAAUGCACUCCUCAUGAAAGCGGACACCUGUAGAAGCAUCCUUGGCCCAAAUGAAGCUAGGUUCUUGUAACAUAAAACAUAGAAAUUGAUUAUGGAGCAGAUUUUUAUGAUCGAUCAUACACAAUAAUCAAUGCAAACAAAUGUUAAAAUCAAUCUCAUUAUCAAUCACUAAGCUCUAUGAAGGCAACUGCACACCUUAUUUGAUGCUAAUAUUGAGACUUGGAAUAUCUUACCGUGUCAUGUUCUAAAUCAUCGCACGAAUACCUGUGUUCAAAUCUGUGACUGUGCUAUCAUCCUUAGAAUAAAAGCCAAUUUAAAAUCUAGUCGUAAUGAUGUCAUAGCGUACGAUUACCUACGAUUUUAAAUUGAUUUAGCCUUUACU